AUGUCGGCGACGAGGUUGGUACAGGGGAACAUCUUCCGACCUCAUUACAUUGUGCUACAACGGCGGGUGUUGGAGACAGAUUGUGUGAUGAUCCAGAUAAAGAAUGAUGUUGAGCCGGAUCUGAUUGCCGAUGACAGUGGUGACGACCUCGGAGCGAGUGACCCGAGAGGGGCCGCAGGUGGAUCUAGUUCUGGCACACAACAGUACCCACCCCAUUUUUCAUCAUUGGACCUGGAUGCCAUGAGGCAGGAUGGGCUUCCUGGGCAACAAGCUGGAUUUGGCGCUAGAGAUGCAGACGGGUCUGCUAGUAUGACAGAGUUCCAGCAGCGCAAGGGCAUCUGGGAAGUGAAACGGUACAACGGACCGCAUACGUGUCUCGCCACCUCUAUCUCCAGCGACCAUAGGAGAUUGAAUUAUCAUGUCAUAUCGACAUUCAUUAUGCCAAUGGUGAGGGCUGAUGCAUCCGUCAACAUCAAGGUGCUCCAAAAUGCCACGGCUGCCCACUUUGGAUUCAGGCCGACGUACAAGAGGGUCUGGAUGGCGAAGCAGAAGGCUGUUGCUGUCAUAUAUGGUGACUGGGAUGAGUCGUACAACAAGCUCCCUAGGUGGGUGUUAGGAGUCCAGUUGACCAUGCCUGGUUCAGUUGCAGUCCUUCGGACAUGCCCUGUUCGAGUUGGGGGACAGCUCGAUGAGUCUCAAGCUUAUUUUCACAGGCUGUUUUGGACGUUCCCACCUUGUAUUGAGUUAUUCCAUCAUUGUAAGCCGUUGGUGAGUAUUGACGGCACACAUCUAUAUGUCAAGUAUGGUGGAACGUUGCUUGUCGCAAUUGCACAGGACGGGAACUCCAACAUACUGCCCAUGGCAUUUGCACUUGUCGAGGGUGAGAAUGCUGAGUCGUGGUCCUUCUUUCUCUCUCACCUCUGUCAGCACGUGACACCGCAGCCGGGUAUUCUAGUCAUUUCGGACAGGCAUAACGGCAUCAAGGCCGCCCUUGAGUCUCCUGAUGGGGGAUGGCUAACUCCGGCUGCAUACCGUGCAUUCUGCAUUCGACACGUAGUAGCUAAUUUCGCCCUCACCUUCAAGGGCAAAGAUGCUCGUAGGCUUCUUGUGAACGCCGCAUAUGUGAAGACCGAAGUGGAGUUCGAUUACUGGUUUGACAUUCUGUGCUCUGAGAACCCGGCGAUGUGUGACUGGGCAAACAGGAUUGAGUAUUCGUUGUGGACACAGUAUUCUGACGAGGGGCGCAGAUUCAGGCACAUGACGACCAAUAUCUCUGAGUAUGUGAAUUUAAUCCUGAAGGGUGUCAGGAACCUCCCUGUGUGCUCGCUGGUGAAGGCCACAUAUGGCAGGUUGGCUGAACUAUUCAUCCGCAAGGGGAGGGAGGCACAGGCGCAGCUGGGUACCGGACAACAAUUCAGUCAAUACCUGGUAAAGUGUAUCGAGGCAAAUUUAAAAACGUCUAGGUGCUUCACGGUGACUGUAUACGACAGAGAUAACUCGGAGUACACCGUGGCAGAGACGACUCCAACUGGUUUCUUCUCACUGGGGAGCUACAGGGUCUCACUGGGUUCUCAGACUUAUGAUUGUGGAUACUUCCAGGCAUUUUAUUUCCCAUGUCUGCACGCAUUGGCAUGCUGUGCCUACUCACGUCUUACUUGGCAGUCAUACGUCCACCCGGUGUAUCGUCUUAGUUCUGUUUUCAGUGUAUAUCAGAUGGGAUUCACUCCUCCCAUUCCGGAGGGAUUCUGGCCACCUUUUGACGGGCCGACUGUUAUACCGGACCCGACUCUGAGGCGUGCGAGGGAGAGUCAUCUGCGCUCCACCCGAAUACGGACCAAUAUGGAUGAGGCAGAUCUGAACCGGCCCAAGAGAUGUGGCCUCUAUAGGCAACCCGGACACACUCGGAGGAGUUGUCCACAGGCCGGAGGACCCAACCAAGCAGGGUGA